AUGCUCAAGAACCACAUGCGCUUCGUGCCACACUACCGCAUCGUGUCCUUCCCUCUACAGUUCGAAGACCUCUGCUACGACCCUACCUUCACGCCAGGCACAGCGAAGAAGACCCUCUUCUGCGUAGACGAUCCCGACGCCCCAACCGGGCCCAUCACUGGCGAACUGGUCACAGCCAACACCACACACGGAGAGAUAAAGCAACAACCAUCCUCUUCUGUGUGUGUGUGUUUCUGUGUGGUUACAGGUGGUGAGGGAGACUCUGCGUCAGCUGUGUCUGUACAAGAUGACAGCCACUCCAAUGCCCGGCCACACUGGUUCGCUCUUUAGCGAUGCAUAUUGGCGAUAUGUGGAGGCCUUCGCCGAGCGGUGCUCCAUCCAGGCACACACAUCAGAGAACGGCCUCCCGCCCUUCUCUGAUAUGUGCGCCGACGCGAUCAUCGACGAGCUCUAUCGUGACGCCAUUAUCGACAGUCGGCAGAUGUCAAGGCAGGACAUUCAGGACUGUAUGGAGGGGCAGAAGGGGCACGAGAUCCUCUCCAACGAGCUCUCCAGCAUGGCAUGGAGUGUGCACACAAUCAGAAUCAAUGGCUGGAGGUCGGUGAAAGGACAAAAACCCAUGGGAGGCACACACAGUGUGUGUGUGUAUUUGAGUGUUUAGGUAUGCCGGCAUGGUUGAGGCUGAUGCGGUGACAAAGGCCGUAUGCGAACAAUUCGCCGACCAGCCGCCAGCAUGCAAAAUACUGCUCAAGUGA